UUCAAACAAUCCUCAUAGCGGCGCUUCGAAAGCUCGACAAGUCAGUAUCCAGCAGCACAUCACUAGUUUGCUCUUAUGAGACCCUAAUGCUCCGACUUCUUCACGGCCAUAAGAUCAAGCAAAGGGCUUUCAUAUUUCACGUUUUCAUACACUGAGGUGUCUAAUGGCCUCCAGCUCAGGGCUAUCCAUGUGAGAAGUGAAUCUGAGAAGAGAAGGGCAGACACUUUAAAGAGAGAGAAGAGUUUCCCACAGAGCAUGGCCUCUGCCAAAGAAGAUGGCGGUGAUGAAAGAACAGUGGACAUUAAAGAAGAGGACUGUGAGCGUCUCACACCAGAGGAUGUGUGUGUGAAGCUGGAGGAUCACGAAGAAAGAAUUUCAGUUUUUAAAGAGGAGGAAGAGUGCAAAGGGGUGACUGCUGCCAUUAAAGCUGAGGAUUUGAAUGAUUUCUCCGGUGGUCUUGAACUUCAAAAGCAUGAAACUGAGGAUUUUUUCAAGCAAGAUCCCUGUGAAGAAUCUCCAUCCAGUUCACAGCCCUGGUCCACUAAUACGGGACAACUGGCUACACAGGAGAAUUCCACAGAGCUGAAAUCAGAGUUAUCAGAGUCUGAAGAGAAAAUCACAGAAGGAAAUGAGAGAGAAGGAGAAGAGUCACCUGGGAGUGUUGGAAUAAAUUUACGGAAGAAUGGCAGCUUCUCUCCACAUUCAUUUGUUCAGCCGUCUCCUCAAAACAAAGAGAAAGGUAUUACGAAAUCAGCAGGAGGAUCAGAGAACCUGACAGCAUCCUUUUUGCAGUGCAGUUCUCUCCCUGCUGCUGGAGUAACACAGACAGAAGCCAUCAAAACUGAUGAACAGAAAGUGGAGAAAGAAAUCCAAAUUCACACUGGAAAAAAAAUUUGUUUGGAGUGUGGCAAACAAUUCACACACAAAAGUGAUCUUAAUAGGCAUAUGAAGAUUCACACAGGAGUAAAACCUCAUUGCUGUUCAGAAUGUGGUAAGUCGUUCUUAAGGAGAUGCAGUCUUCAGAGACACAGAAGAAUCCACACAGGAGAAAAACCUCAUUGCUGUUCAGAAUGUGGUAAGUUGUUCUCAAUGAGAAUCAGUCUCCAGAGGCACAGAAGAAUCCACACAGGAGAAAAACCUCAUUGCUGUUCAGAAUGUGGUAAAUCAUUCUCACGGAGAAGUGAUCUUCAGUUGCACAAAAAAAUUCACCCAGGAGAAAAACCUCUUUGCUGUUCAGAAUGUGGUAAGUCGUUCUUAAGGAAAAGUGAUCUUCAGAGUACCUUGGCUAUAUCUGUAUCGAGGUGUAUUGCUGAAGCAAACCUCUCCUCAAGGGUUCUACAGCACCGGUCUGAUGUCAAAACCCAAAGCGUCAAGUUCUUCAUCUAA